UUACAAAAACAUAACCCCACAUAACCUUACUUUCGUGAAUCUAAAACUGUAAUAAGACAUAGAUAAAUGACACCAGUUUCCACUUUUCCAUAAUACACACACCCUAAAACCCCCUUUAUUGAAACCGAUGUUUUUAGCACGUUUCACCCUCUCGAAAUUUUUACCCCAUCGCUGCCUCCACAAGCACAUCUGUAAAAUGAACCAGGCCUAUUUGCGCCACCUCGACGACUCCGAGAAAUUCGAACUUACAUUCCAGUACGUCGACCCGGCUGCCAAAAUCGACAGACAAUUCAAUUUUUGUCGACAAGUCUCUGAAAGCGUCAACGCUUUCACUCAACGUGUCGCCACAAACGUGGAAAAAGUGAUCAAAAAGAAAACGAAAAACCAGCCCCAGGAGGCGGUACAAGUGGCUGUCAGUGUCAAUGGAAGCCUCGUUGAGGACGAGACGGUGUCCUGUCGAGACAUUUUCACCAGACUGAACAACAAUGUGACUUUGAGUGUCUGCAAUAAGGAGUUUAAAGUGAUCAUUAAUUCGCCGUGGAUCAGCGGUGUGGUUUUACCGAGCUCGAUUCUAGCGGGGUUUCCGGUCUAUCCUAUGAAGUUCGAGAGUGUGUAUACUGAUAAAGGGGUGUCUGAGUUCCGGUGGUUUAAGUCUGUGGAUAAGAAAGACUGGACGUUGGUGGGCGAGGGGUUUGUCUAUGAAACGAGUAACAGCGAUGUGGGGAAUUUUUUGAAGUUGAGUUGUUUGCCUAAGUGUGGGGACGUCGAAGGGCCUGUUGCUGAGGCGGUUUCUAGUGUGAAAGUGGAAGCGGGGCCUGGGUUUUGUCCAUUUGAAACGAGACACCAAUUUACCACUGAGAAAUGUAGCGGAGACACAUUUAGAGUGGUUUCUUAUAACAUUCUAGCAGAUUUAUAUUGUGAUUCUGAUUUUACUAGAGAAGUUCUACACCCCUAUUGCCCCCCCUAUGCCCUGUCUAUUGAUUACAGAAAGCAAAUAUUUAUCAAGGAAAUUACAGGAUACAACGCCGACAUUAUUUGUCUACAAGAAGUGGACCGCAAAGUCUACACGUACGACCUGCAGCCCCUCUUCGAACAACUAAACUACGACUCAGAUUUCUGCCUCAAAAGGGGGCUUGUCGCCGAAGGCGUGGCCUGCUUUUUCGACAAAAACAGAUUCCGGAAAAAUUCGUCUUUCCGUCUUGUUCUAUCAGACGAAAUCAGUACGAACCCUCUCUUCGCCGACUUUUUUCAAAAAAUCUCAGAAAAUGAGCAAUUAAGCGAGCGCAUUCUUGACAGGUCGUCGGUUUUGCAGGUGACGGUGUUGGAGGCUACAGACAGGAAUGAAGUUUUGGUUGUGGGUAACACGCAUUUGUAUUUUCAUCCGGAUGCUGAUCAUAUUAGGUUGUUGCAAGGGGCUAUUAUUGUCAGGUAUCUGGAGGAUGUUUUGGAAGAGUUGAGGAAGAAGUUUCAGAAAAGGGUGUCUUUGAUUCUUUGUGGCGAUUUUAAUAGUGUGCCUGAGUGCGGGAUUUAUCAGCUGUAUACGACUGGGAAGGUGCAAGAGGAUCAUGUGGAUUUUCAAAGUAAACCAGAAGAGUCCAUCCAGAUGCCCCUCCGCCAAUCCAUCCCCCUCAAAAGCGCCUGCGCCACCCCCAAAUACACCAACUUCACCGCAGGCUUCGCCGACUGCCUCGACUACAUCUACUACGAAGCCCCCAACUUCGAAGUAACCCAAAUCGUCCCAUUCCCCAGCCUGGAAGAACUCACCCAACACACCGCCCUCCCCAGCAUAGUCUUCCCCUCCGACCACAUCGCGCUAAUUUCCGACUUGAAGUGGACUCAGUGAUUGGGGUGCUUCAUGGACGCCACGUCAACCAUCUGUCCUUGACCGAAGUAAUCGAUGGCGGUGACUCCCCCAAAAAUCAUCAAGACCAACAGACCCCAACAUACGGCGAGGAAACUGAUGUAGAACGUCAGCAGUAAAACUGAAAUAAAGUUAUGUGAAAAAGGAAAA